AUGCCAAACACCGACUCAAACUACUCUUGCUCCGCCUUGCCUGUGCAUCAGCAGUCACUGAGCAACCAAAGAAGUGCUCCGAUGAACGACGAAUCGCUCCUCAGGUUCUUGUCGCCUUUUCCUCCUCCACCGCCACUGCCACCCGUAACCAUGCCCUUGGAUGGUAGAACCAGUGAAACGGGCACGAAAGACCUAAUAGCUAUCCUUGACGAAGUUUUGGAACUCAUCUACUUCGAGGAUGCAACGAGCGAGCUGAAUGACCCAUGCUUUCGUCUUCCACUCGACCCACAGUAG